UUUGCAAAGUAAAGGUAUUCAUGAUGGCGGAGGCGCGUCUCCUUGCGUCGUAAUUGUUGUUUAGAAUUUAUUUCAAAAUAAACAUUGUUUCACAUUUUCUUUAAACUAUUUAAAUUUGAAAUUUACAUUAAAUAACAAUAAAUUUACUCAUAAAAGUAAUUUACUUUGACUGUUAUAAAGUUUAAAAUACCAUGCACUGAAAAAAAAAAAAAAAAAACUCCAGAAAAGGGCAAAAUGAGUGCUUUAGAUUAUCGAAGUAAAACUCACUCAAUUUGGCAUGGCCAUCGUGUUGAUGGAACAAGUCCAGCAAUUAUGGAAAGUUUAGACAGUCUCUCCAUAAAUAAUCGCGAUGAAAAUCAAUUAUUGACUAUACCAUUUAAUCAAGGGGGAAAUAAUUUAUCUCUACAUGGUGUUUCAUCACAAUUACAAGGAAUUAAUUCAAAAUCAUCAUCACUUUCAUUUGAUGAAUUACAAAGUUUUCUUCUCAUUGACGAAAAGGAACGUCUUAAAGUUUCUAAUGUUGAACAAUUUAUCAAUAAAUUGAAUUGUAACGAUAAAGAAUUAAAAAUUAAAGUUGUUUCAAUAUUUGGCAAUACAGGUGAUGGUAAAAGUCAUACAUUUAAUCAAACAUUUUUUAAAGGUAGAGAAAUUUUUAAAACAUCAAAUGAACAAAGCUCAUGUACACUUGGCGUUUGGGCUGCUUUUGAUCCAAAUCUUAAUAUUAUUUGCUUGGACACUGAAGGACUUUUAGGUGUAACUGUACAUGAAAAUGAACGCACAAGAUUACUUUUAAAAGUUUUGGCAGUUUCUGAUAUUGUUGUUUAUAGAACUCGUGCUGAAAGAUUACAUCGUGAUUUAUUUACAUUUUUGGGAGCAGCCUCUCGCGCUUACAGUCAUCAUUUUCAAUCAGCUUUGCAGGCUGUUGGUCAGAGGGAAGGAGUUUUGAGUUCUGUCAGUAAUUUAGGACCGAGUGUAAUUAUUUUUCACGAAACAAGACACACGAGUCCAUUAACAAAUGAUGCAGCCGAAAGUGCAGAAGACAUUUUAAGAACACGAUUCGCUCAAAUGCGAUUGGAAUUUGAGGCAUUCAGUUCAAUUAAAUAUGUGGGAGUUCAAACUUUAAAUCCUCCAACUGAUUAUGAACCAUUGCGUUUGGCAAUUAGAAAUGAAUUAGACAAUACAACUGUUAGAUCGGCAAGAAAACCGCAUUUAGUUUACAAUACAUUAAAAAUUCUCAAUGACAAAUUCUCUGGUGAAAUUGAAAAUAUUUCAAUUAUUCUAUUUCCCGAUCAAUAUUUCACUUGUCCUGUGAAAUGUUUUAGUUGUGGAUGUCGAUGUCAAAAUAGUAUGGGCCAUCUUCGUGAAGGAAAACCACAUACAAGUGAUACCAGAUGUCGGUAUCAGCAUCAGUAUGAAAAUGUAGUAUACAUUUGCAAACAAUGCCAUGGAAAUGGAAAUGAAGUUAUAGUGACGAGUCGAACACAAACACAAAAUGACAGUAGUUGGUACGGUUUGGCGAAAUAUGCAUGGACCGGAUACGUAAUUGAAUGUCCGCAAUGCGGAGAAAUUUACAGAAGCCGUCAAUAUUGGUAUGGUAAUAAGAAUCCCGAGGAUGUGUCUGUUCGUUCUGAAAUCACUCAUGUUUGGAAUACGACAAAUAUCAGUAUUACACCACAAAAUACAGCUCAGAGAGUACUCGAUGGAGUCUCCUAUUUAAGUGAAGCUGUAACAAAUGUUUCUUUACAACCGACGAAAGCAAUAACCGCUUGGGUUGCCGAUCAAGUUGCUCCAACUUAUUGGCGACCAAAUAAUGAGAUUCAACACUGCCAUAAGUGCAAUAAUUUAUUUGGACCUACGGACACAAAACAUCAUUGUCGCUCUUGUGGCGAAGGUUUUUGUGCUUCAUGUUCGUCAAGAACAAAAUGUGUACCAGAGAGAAAUUGGAAUACACCCGUUAGAGUUUGUGAUUUUUGUUACAAUAAAGAGACAAAUUCGAAUAACGAGUCCAAAAAUACAGAAGAUGUUAGUGUCAGAAAAGUUUCUGAGCACGUUGUUUCAACAUUCAGCGCUGUUGGAUCUGUUCUUUCUUAUUCUAAAUCAUUGAUUAAAGACACUGCAAGGCCUACGUAUUGGGUUCCUGACUCGGAAGUAAUUCUUUGUUGUGUUUGCGAUAAAGAAUUCUCAGAUAAGGUUCCUCUACAUCAUUGUCGUGAUUGUGGUCGUGGUGUAUGUCAAGAUUGUUCACAACAUAAAAAACCAGUCCCUCGUCGCGGUUGGCUAAAUCCAGUUCGUGUUUGCGAUUCCUGCACAAAAAUAGACUAGAAUACAAGAAUAGAUUUCAUUUUCA